AUGACGUCCAAGAUUCGUAGCGCGUGGAGGACGAAAGCUACUACCUAUUGCAGACAAGCAACAGAAGAAUUUAAGAAGCUUGCGCCAAACAAAAAAUGGCUGAAGAUAUUGAAACUCAAGUUGGAGGAGGUUCGCAUCAAAUUACAAGCCAUUGAAGAGACCAGUAUGAAUGAAACGACCACCAGUGGGGACGGUGAGGAUGAAAAGUACGAGGAGUACGAUGAAAAAAUCCUCUGUUGCAUUGCCGACAUUGAAGAGGAGUGUCAACCAGACCCGCAACAAGCGCAGCAACAACAAAUGGGUGGUGCUGGCGGCAGUGGAGCGGCGAUGGGCGGUGCGGGUGCGACCAGCAGCAGCUCAUAUUACUUUCCCAGGAUGAAGUUGAGGGAGUUUUCUGGCGAGUUGACUGAAUGGCUGGGGUUUUGGGAUUCAUUCAAGAUUGUACAUGAUGACAAGGGAUUGGACGAUGUGAGAAAGUUCCAGUUCCUACUGGGGUGCAUGGUACCAGGGUCCAAGGCAAAGAAGGUUGUGGAAUCCUACCCAAUGAAUGCUGCUAAUUAUGCAGGCGGUGGAGGCCCUGAGAUCAAACUUUGGCAAAGAGAAACUGCUGCAACUUUAGGAGUUACCACACAGCAGGCGUCAAUAUUUCUGUAUGCCAUUGUGGAAUCAUGCUUAUCAGAAGAUGUGCUAACAGCCUGGCAAAGAUCGUCCGAUUUUGGUAGGGAUGGGAGCAAGGAGCGACCACCAAAGACCGAUAUGGAUUAUUUGAUGGAUUUCCUGCAAAGAGAAGUGGAGAAUGAAGUGCAGCGAAACAUGGCCAGGUCAGGAUAUGGUGAAACGAGUGCAACACCAAAGUCGUCGAGUGGAAAAGGGCACCAUCGUGAAAGGAGAGACAGUCCAAGUACGGCAGCGAAUCUCUUCGGUGGUGCAGUCCAUGACGGAAAGCAGCAGUGUUUGUUCUGUAAAAAGGGUCAUCCUUCUUCAAAGUGUUGGAAGGCGCAGAGAAUGAGCCUAGAAGAAAGGCAACAUUUGGUUCGUAAUUGCGGUGUUUGUUUUUGUUGUCUUCAGGGUGGACAUUUGGCAAAGUCGUGCAAAGCUGGGGUCCAGUGUUCUCUGUGCACAAAGAGGGGUCAUCUCGCGCUGAUGUGUAGGCUCGGGAGUGACAAGAAGACUGAUGAGGGGCCUGAUGCUAAUGUGGCAGCCCAUAUGGUCAGUCAAUCUGUGACGAAGGAUGUGCAACUUUAUACCCUCAACGUGAAACUGAGGGGAAAGCGAGGCAAUGUGAAUGCGAGACUCUUAUUCGAUAGCGGAUGUCAAAGGAGCUAUAUUAAGAAGUCAACUGUGGCCAAAUUGGGAAUCAGUGCUGUGGGGCGAGAAGAAUUUCGCAAGGCGCUGUUUGGUGGUCAAGUAACUGAGGUCAAGUCACAUAAUCGGUAUAAGCUUGAAUUACUGAAUGUUGAUGGACAGAGACCGAUGUCAUUGGAACUUCUUGAGGAGGACACGAUAUGUGCAAAGAUUGGUCGUGUCCCACCAGGCCCAUGGAUUGCGGAGCUGGCCAAGAAGAAGGUCACAGUUGGGGACGUGGGUCAUGGUUCGGCUGAAAUUAAUUUGCUGAUAGGUGGGGAUCAAUUUGGACAGCUACUCACCAACAAAGUUAUUCAGUUGGAGUGCGGUUUGACGGCGAUAGAGACAAGUCUUGGGUGGACAGUCGGUGGUCGUGUGCCUGUGGUGAGUGAGUCAAGUGCAAUGGUGGUAACUUGUCUUUCUGUGAAUGAGCUACAGGUUAGUCAAUUGUGGGACCUGGAUGCUAUUUGGAUACGUGAUGAUCCCUGUCGUAAAACAAAAGCAGAAUGUGAAGAAGUGGCGAAACAACACUUUCAAGAGAAUGUCACGAAAGAUGAUGAUGGGCGUUACUGUGUCGCUCUGCCUUGGAAAAAUGGGGAGCAGAAGAUGUCGUCCAAUCGUGUCGUGGCGGAGAAAAGGUUGGAGUCGGCGCUAAAUUAUCCCCUCCCGUCAUAA